AUGAAGGGAGCCAGGCUGAUGGGGGUGCUGCUCACCCUGACUGGGGUGCUGCACGUGGUCCUGCCCCUGAGAAUAGCAGCCUUCAACAUCCGGACUUUCGGGGAGACCAAGAUGUCCAAUGAUACCCUCUCCAACUACAUCGUGCAGAUCCUGAGUCGCUAUGACAUUGCCUUGGUCCAGGAGGUCAGAGACAGCCACCUGACAGCCGUGGGGAAGCUGCUGGACAGACUCAAUCAGGAUGACCCCAACGCCUACCACUACAUAGUCAGCGAGCCGCUGGGUCGCAGCACCUACAAGGAGCGCUACCUCUUUGUGUUCAGGCCUGACCAGGUGUCGGUGCUGGACAGCUACCUGUAUGACGAUGGCUGCGAGCCCUGUGGGAAUGAUACCUUCAGCCGAGAGCCAGCUGUUGUCAAGUUCUCCUCCCCAUUCACCCAGGUCAAGGAGUUCGCCAUCGUCCCCCUGCAUGCGGCCCCCCUGGACGCAGUGGCUGAAAUCGACUCCCUGUACGAUGUCUACCUGGACGUCCGGCAGAAGUGGGGCCUGGAGGACAUUAUGCUGAUGGGUGAUUUCAACGCUGGCUGCAGCUAUGUGACCCAUUCCCACUGGUCGUCCAUCCGUCUGCGCACAACCCCCACCUUCCAGUGGCUGAUCCCCGACACCGCCGACACCACGGUCACGUCCACGCACUGCGCCUACGACAGGAUUGUGGUCACCGGUACUCUGCUCCAGAAUGCCAUUGUUCCCGACUCAGCUGGUCCCUUUGACUUCCAAGCUGCAUAUGGACUGAGCAACCAGACGGCCCAGGCCAUCAGUGACCACUACCCCGUGGAGGUGACGCUGAGGAGAGCCUGA